CUUGAGUUUCUCCCCGUUUGGAUGCCUUCAGGGGCAAUGAGAAGAUACAGUUCCUGGCUUCCUUAGAGGGCCUUGUUCUGCUUGGCAGCUCCAGUCCCGAUUCCCGCCCUCCCUUCUCGUUUUAGGAAUGUUGUGCUGAGAAGCCACAGAAAAGGGUAUGGGCUUGUUUUGCCAAAGAAAGCACAGCAGUUGCUCCCUGUUUUGCAAAAACCAUCAGUGUUUGGGAAUGAUUCUGAUGAUGAUGAUGAGACCUCCGUGAGUGAAAGCCUUCAGAGGGAAGCUGCUAAAAAGCAAGCAAUGAAACAGACCAAAUUGGAAAUCCAGAAGGCCCUUGCAGAAGACUCUACUGUAUAUGAAUAUGACAGUAUUUAUGAUGAAAUGCAGAAAAAAAAGGAAGAAAAUAAUCCCAAAUUACUUUUGGGAAAGGACCGAAAGCCCAAGUAUAUUCACAACUUACUAAAAGCAGUUGAGAUCAGGAAAAAGGAACAAGAAAAAAGAAUGGAAAAGAAAAUACAAAGAGAACGAGAAAUGGAAAAGGGAGAAUUUGAUGAUAAAGAAGCAUUUGUGACAUCUGCUUAUAAGAAAAAACUGCAAGAAAGAGCUGAAGAGGAGGAAAGAGAAAAGAGAGCUGCUGCACUUGAAGCACGUUUGGAUGUAACCAAGCAGAAAGAUCUCAGUGGAUUUUAUAGACACCUAUUAAAUCAAGCAGUUGGUGAAGAGGAAGUACCUACAUGCAGCUUUCGUGAAGCCAGGUCUGGGAUAAAGGAAGAAAAACCAAGGGGUUAUUCCGAUGAAGUAAGUUCAGAGAACAGAACACAUGAGAAAUCCAUUCUCCAAACUGUUGUGAAAGUAGAGGAAAACCUAGAUGCAGACAGUGACUUGAAUGCUAGCAGCAGUGAGGAUGAUAAAAUGGAAGAAAGAGGAAAUUGCAGAAGGGAAAAGAGCAUAGAGACCUCCAUGAAUGACUCCAAGCUUCACAGGAAUCAAACCCAUUCACGGUCAUCUAGUGAAGAAAGAGAACAUGGUACCAAACACCACACAAAAAGUUCCAAGUCAAGAGGACAUGAGAAAAGGGAAGAUCAGCAUCAAGAGAGACAAUCCAGGGACCAGAACUAUUAUACUGACCGUGAUUACCGAAAAGAAAAGAAGGAUUCCCACAGGCACAGAGAGGCCAGUCAGAGAGAUUCCCACUGGAAGAGGCAUGAACAAGAAGAUAAACUGAGGUCAAGAGACCAAAGAGAAAGAAAUGACAGAGAAUGGAAAAGGGAGAAAUAUCCCAGAAGAGAACAAGAAAGAGAGAGACAACGAAAUGAUCAUGACCAACACAGUGAGAAAGGAGAAGAGAAGGAAGAGAAAAGCAAAGAAAAGGAAGAGCAGAUGAAAGCAAGGAAAGAAAGACAUGAAGACAGUGAUAAAUACCGAGAUAGAGAAAAACGAGAAACAAGUGGUCAGUCUUCAGAAAGAAAGCGAGACAGAAAGGAAAGCAGCCCGAACUCUAGGGCGACAGAUAGGUUUCUUGACCAGGAAAGAUCCCACAAAAUGAGAAACAUGGAAAAGGACAAAGAAAGAAACCCAGAGAAACCCUCUAGUUCUGAAACAUCACUGGGAACAAAACACAGCAUCACAGAGGAAUGCCAAGAGACUGGCAAAGAACAAGAGAGACUAGAUGAGGCAGUGAACAAGUUUGCAAAGCGGAACAAUGAAGAAACUGUAAUGUCAGCGAGAGACAGGUACUUGGCCAGGCAAAUGGCACGUGGUAACGCAAAGACAUAUAUUGAGAAAGAAGAUGAUUGAAUAUUCCUGCAAGAUGCUGUGUGAACACAUAAAGAAGUAUGUUAACAGUGGUUGGGAGGAUAUUUUGAAUAUAUAUUUUAAAAAUUCAUUUUUGAUUUAGGUUUAAGUCAAAAGUCAGUCCUUUUAUCUUGAAUGUUUGACUGAAUUGAUAUAUAAUACUUAAUUAGAUAUAUAAUAUUUACUUAUGAACCAACACAUUCUUGGUUGUAUUCAGACAACCUAAAGAGUGUGCUAAGUCCCAGUAGGAACUUUAUGAGAAAAAUUAGUUCCACUACAACCAUUAAAAAAUAAUUUAAACAACUCUCCUAAUGUUGGUAUUGUUGCAGGAACUGUUUGUUUUAUAAAUGUUUCAGAUAAAAUUAUGUGGAUUUGAACAAUAGAGAAUAUUGUUAUACCUUGUUUUGAAAGUGUAAAAUAUGGAUAUACAUCUUGUCUAAAUAACUUUAGCUCACAGCAUACUUGGCUUAACUGAAAAUAAAAAUAGUGAUAUGUUUAUACAU